GAACACCGCUUGGAACACCUCGUCGUCGUUCUUGUGUUUAUAUAAAUUUACGGGCGGAUAAUAGCCGAAUUUUCUCUGAUUUUCCAUCGUUCCUGCCGUUCCAAACGGCAAAUUAAAGUAUGAGUAAAAGACGCAGGGCGUCUUCAGCAGCGAGCAGUCGUGAGCCCGAGGACGAAAUAAUGAGCGACCCCGAGCCGGUCGUCGAGCAACCGGUGCGGAAGAAACGCCGCGUCGACCCGGUAAUUUCACUCAUUUUCAUGCCAAGGAAAACUCAAAUUGGAAAUUUCCAGGUUGAAAUUUGCCAGCAAUUGUACGACACCAUCCGCAAUUUCAAAAAGGAAGACGGAGGUCUUUUGUGUGACGCUUUCAUUCGAGCCCCAAAGCGCAGACAAGAACCUGCCUAUUACGAGGUUGUAACCAACCCCAUUGACCUGCUGAGGGUUCAGCAAAAACUAAAGACGGACGAGUAUGAAGAUGUUGAGCAGCUGACGUUGGACAUCGAUCUAAUGGUUGGCAAUGCCAAGGCAUUUUACAAGAAAUCGAGUCAGGAGUAUAAGGACGCGUGCGAUUUGUGGGAUCUUUUCGAAAUGACCAGAAAUCGACUGACUGACCCAGACUCUCACUCAGGAGACGGAGAUGCAGGACCUUCAGAUCAAAAGGGCAAAAUCAUUCUCAAGGUUGGCAAACUGGCAAGAAGGGCAGCGGCUGCGGAGGCAAGGCGUGAUGACGCGGAUGAAGGUGCCUCGGAAUGCAGCUCGACAGCUCAGGAGGACGACAACAACACUUACGAGGAUUUGUUCAGUGCCGUCAUGAUGGCUCAGGACUCUGAAGGGCGAACUCUGCACACUGCUUUUCAACUGUUGCCCUCACGAAAGGCUUAUCCAGAAUACUACGAAGUUAUUGACAACCCCAUCGACCUGAAAAUCAUCGCAACCAAAAUUCAGAGCAACCAGUACACAGCUCUCGCUGACCUUGAGAGGGACCUUCAACUCAUGGUGAAGAACGCAAUGUCGUUCAAUGAGCCAGGCUCCCUAAUUUACAAAGACGCCAAAGCUCUGAAGAGAAUCAUUUCAAUGAAGAAGAUUGAAAUCGAGUCAGGAAGAAGCUCGUCUUCCAAGAGCAGUGAGAGGAUUCGCAGCAAGCGCUUGCGAGGGAACCAGUCUCUGUCUGCAAUUACCUCUGCCCUGAAGUACGAGGAUGAGGAGGAGGACGAAGAAGAAGAGGCCAUGGAUGAAGACGAUUCUGAUCAGGAUGAUGACGACGAUGAAGUUAAUGAAGACGACGAAGAGUCCGGGCCUCUUUUGAAUUUGUACGAAGCAGUCAAGAGUUUCACAAACAGCCAAGGCUAUCGUCUGAGUGAUCCCUUCAGGAAACUGCCAUCGAAGAGAUAUUACGCUGAUUACUACAAAGAAAUCAAGAACCCAAUUGCACUGUCCCAAAUCAGAGCAAAAAUUAAGAACGGACACUACGGAACUGUAAGUGAGAUUGCUGGUGACCUGAACAUCAUGUUUGAAAACGCCAAAAAGUACAACCGCAAUGACUCCAAAAUUUAUAAGGAUGCUGUAAAACUGCAGAAAGUAAUGCAAAGUAAGGUUCAGGAACUUUUAGAGUAUGAUCAGGAAAGUGACAGCGAUGAAGAUGACGAGGGUGAAAGUGAAUCGACCCCGGCAUUCCCUCAAACCCCGGUGGUGCGGCGUGGGAGACCCCCUGGCUCUCUGAAUAAGCCUAAAGGAAAGCCAGAGGAUCUUUUGAGGAGGAAGAAGUUUGUUCAGAUAUACAGGACACUUAUAGACUACCACGAUGACGGACGCCAGCCCAUUCUAAUGUUCAUGGAAAAGCCAAGCAAGAAACUGUACCCUGAUUACUAUCAAGUCAUUGAACACCCUAUUGACAUGCUCACGAUCGAGUCCAACAUCAAGGCAGACAAAUAUCAGAAUGAGGAUCAACUGGUUUCUGAUUUCAAACUCAUGUUUACUAACUGCCGUCAGUAUAAUGAGGAGGGCUCGGUGAUUUACGAAGAUGCCAACAAACUUGAAAGAUUGCUGAACCAUGCUUUGAGCACCCCAACUCGUCUUGGAACAAGAACUGGCAGCAGUGCCAAGGCUAAACGGCAGCAGCAGAACAACCUUUAUCAAAAACUGAGGACUCUUUUCGAAACGAUCAAAGAUCACAAAGAUCCCAAAGGACGUCAGCUCUCUGUAAUUUUCAACAAACUUCCUUCAAAGAUUGAAUAUCCUGAUUACUAUGAAGUUAUCAAGAGACCCAUUGAUCUGGAGAAAAUCUCGUCAAAGUUGAAAUCGACAUCCUACAUGAGCCUCGAUGACAUGGUCUCUGAUUUUGUUCUGAUGUUCGACAAUGCUUUCAAAUACAAUGAGCCUGACUCACAAAUUUACAAGGAUGCUUUGAUGCUGCAAAGGGUAGCCCUGCAAACAAAGCUGCAGCUAAGGGAAGAUGAAGAGUCUCUCCCCGAUGUGUCUCUUGCAGUGCAAGAACUUUUAACCUCCCUUUUUACGGCCACUUACAAUCACCAAGACGAAGAGGGUCGAUGCUUUUCUGACUCCAUGGCUGAACUUCCAGAGCACGAUGAUGCUACUGGAAACAAGGCUUUGUCCCUGGACUUGAUAAAGCGGCGUCUUGACCGCGGAUUUUAUCGUCGCCUGGAUCAUUUCCAAGAGGACAUGUUUGCCUGCUUGGAUCGAGCUCGCAGACUUUCCAGGUCUGACUCGCAGGUGUUUGAAGAUGCCAUUGAAAUGCAAGUCUUCUUCAUAAAGCAAAGAGAUGAGCUUUGCCGAGGUGGAGAUUUGCUUCACUCCCCAGCUUUAAGAUACUCGGCUCAAGAUUUGGCUGCCAACCUGGACGUUCUGAGACAAGAAAAGGCUUUGAAGGAAUUGCCAGAAGAAGAAACUGAAGCCAAGGUCACAGAUGAGGCCUUCAAGCAGCCCCAGCCUGGAGACGUUGAAAGUUCCGGCAACGAAAUGAGUUUCAAUCAGCAGACCUACAGAGUUGGCGACUUUGUUUAUCUCGAACCAAAGGAGAGGGGUCUGGAGCCGCACAUUAUUCUCAUUGAGCGCCUCUGGGUGAACCAAGACAACGAGCAAAUGCUGUUUGGAAAUUAUUUCUACAGACCAAACGAAACUUACCAUUUGACUACAAGGAAAUUCCUUGAAAAGGAAGUCUUCAAAAGCGACGUCAGGGUGGCCAUUCCGAUGAAUCAAGUUAUCGGAAUGUGCAUAAUCUUGAGUGUGAGAGAUUAUCUGAGAAUGAAGCCGGAAACUUUCCCUGAAAAGGACGUGUAUGUUUGCGAGUCUAGAUAUGCUUCAAAAGCGAGAAGCUUCAAGAAAAUAAAGAUAUGGCCCUGCACUCUGCCAGAGCACAUCAAAUUAGUGGCUCGCGAAGAGCCGUUGGAGCCGAAGCGAGUCAUGUCCGUCUUUAGGGAUCGAGUUGAGAAACACAAGGAAGAAAUUGCAGAGCUCGAUGAAAUGGAAAAGCUCCCUGAAAGGGAGAUUCCACCUAAUGUCGAAUUGGUUUUGGAACAACCAAUCGAGGGAUUCACCUACUUUGAGCAGUGCAGGGUGAGCUGCGGCACCAUCAAAACUGGAGAUUGCGUUUAUGUCAAAAACAGUGUUGGAAAGCAAAUUGUUGCCCAGGUUGAUGCCAUGUGGGCCAAUAAAUCGGGAGAAGAAUUUCUCAAAGGUCCCAUCUUUGUACCUCCCUCCGAGGUUCCAAACACACCUGGAAAGCUUUUCUACAAGCAGGAAUUGUUCCUGAAUCACGUUGAAGAGGUGUUUCCUCUGUCCAGUGUCACAGGUCGCUGCGUAGUUUUGGAGCAUGGAGAAUAUAUAUCUUGCCGUCCUACUGAGGUUGCCGAAGCUGACAUUUACGUCUGCGAGUCGGUUUACGAGGAGAGCAAGAAGCUGAUAAACAAGCUGGGCCACAAUUUCAUCAAGAAGUAUCACCACAUCGGAGACGUCCAGGAAGACGAGAUCUACUUCUUCCGCCGACUCAUCAAUCCAGCAAAGGUUGGCAGCGACGGUGUGCAUAAAGAUUCUAAAGGAAUGUUUAACACGUUUGACCGGGACUCGUCUCCGGUCGCCAGCAGAGAUGCGGAUGUUUCUCUCAUGAUGGAGGACUCGAUGGACGCUCCACCCUCGGUUGGCUCUGGAGACACCCCCACUCCUUCUCCACUGAUGCAAACACCAGUUUCCACAGUCAAAAAGAAGGGAACUGGAAAGAAAUUAGUCACUGGGUACAUAUUGUACUCGAGUGAUGUUCGCAAGAACGUGGCCAACCGCUUCCCUGACUCAACCUUUGGUGAAAUCAGCCGCAUUGUGGGCAACGAGUGGCGCAGCUUGACGGCCUCUGAGAAGCAGAGUUAUGAGGAAAGGGCCGCCCGCUUGAACGAAGAGACCACGGCCAGGAUGGCCUUGGAGGCGAUGGGCCCUGGCGAGACGCCCCACCAAGACCUGAUUUACGAGUGCCUCUGGGCCAACUGUGACCACCAGUUCGAGGAGCUGAAUGACCUGAUCGAGCACUCUGUCGGGGAGCCAGAUGGGCACAUUCAAAAGCACUUUGUUUCCAAGCCAGACUCGGAAUUCCAGUGCAAGUGGAAGGGUUGCAUCAGGCAGAAAAAGACAGUCCCGCCAUUCCCGAGCAUCAUGCGCCUGGCCCGGCACUGCAAGGAGCAGCACAUUAUGAAGGCCACAGGAAGAGUUGUGCCUCCCUCGGAAAGAUCCAGGAAUUUCAUGCCGUCUGCUAAAAAAGCAGCCGCUAACGCUAAGGCUGCUUUGGCUCAGAACGCCUCCCCUGCUGUCCCUGCUGGACUCCAGAUGGCUUCUGCAGGUUCUCCAACUCCGAACAUGGCGCCGGCCAUCACUGCCCCAGUUCGACAGCUCGAGCCCAUGUUUGUGGCGAUCCCACCAAGACCUCAGCGGCUCCUCCAUUCUGAGGCUUACAUCAAGUACAUUGAAGGCAUGAAUACUGAGAGCAGGCACAUCUCAAACUGGGAGAGGAGCCUGAAGGUCACUCCAGAAACUGCAAACGUGCCAGACCCAUCUCGACUGCCGGUGCAUUGGCUCAACAACGGGGUCGGCAACCACGGCAAUAUGGUCAACGCUCUGUGGGCCCUGAGGGACUACCUGAUGAGGGACUCGCUGAAUCUCGCAAAAAAUGCUUAGAUUUCAGAAAAGUUUGCUUACAUUUAUUGAAAUUAAGGAAGAAUUGUGGUGACAUUUAGCAAAAUAAAUUAGC